CAGACAUACAAGUGUAAAAUCCUUACUAUAGUGAUAUUCGUUGCUCCUCUCGGGUCGUGGUUUUUCCCUUAUUUAGGAGGGUUUCCACGUAAAAUCUUGGUGUCAUUAUUUCUCUUUUAUUCUCGUUGAUUCACCGUAUUGUUGUGUUCCGCAUUUGUUGCCUUUAUUACCGCAAAUAUUAUUUUUGUUACGGAUUUAUUCCCAACACGGAGUCCGGUGAUGAGAGGAAUUGGUGUGGCAGCAGCCGCAGCUACUGGUGGCACUGCCACCACAGCUGUCCCAGGUGGUGUUGCAAACCAGUUCAAGCCUACGUCUCUGUACAUAGGAGACUUGGACAUCAACGUGACACAUACACAACUGUACCAGCUGUUUAACCAAGCGGGUCAGGUUAUAUCGGUUAGGAUUUGUAGGUACUUUAGCACUCGGAGAUCCCUUGGCUAUGGCUUCAUCAACUACAGCAACCCUCAGGAUGCUGCAAGGGCAAUGGAGAUGUUAGAUUUCACUCCUGUUAAUGGAAUGUCCAUUAGGGUGAAGCACGCUCAAAGGGAUCCUAAUUCUCCUAAGAAUAGAAGAGCUAAUCUAUUUAUCAGGAAUUUGGACAAGUCAAUUGAAAUCGAAGCUUUACAUGACAUCUUUUCAAGCUUUGGCUACAUUCUUUUUUGCAAGAUAGUUUCUGAUUCUAAUGGCCAGUUGAAGGGUUAUGUUUUUGUACAAUUUGACAAUGAUGAAUCCGCUCAAAGUGCCAUAGAUAAGUUAAAUGGUAUGCUCAUCGAUGGUAAGCAAGUGUAUGUUGCACAUGCUCUUUGCAAAGAGAAGAGUGGCAUAGGCACAAGCUGGGGAAGGUCAAUGGAGUGGUGAACGUCCUCCAGUGCGCAGGCAAUAGUAAUUUGUGGUGGUUGCCCACUAGGCUAAAAGCUAUGGGGAAGGACCAAUCUUGAAACCCUUGGUUGAUAAAUUUGCCUUCGCCUCAUUUUGGGAGGAGUCCUAAAUAGAAAUGGGAAAUUUGCGGCCAGUAAAGUCAAACUCAAACAGCACGCCAAAAACAUGGGUCAUUGAGGGAGUUGAUACCUUUACUUCCAACUAAAAGUUCGUGAGUUCAAAUUAUCAAGAAGCAAAAAAGACGGAUGCUCUUACCGAGAGGUAAAAAAAUGACUAAAAAAUAGGGCUGGCAUAUUGGUUAGCUGAUAGGGAUAUCUUGUUUUGAUCCUGAAUUUGAGUGUGAUUGUAAUAUGGGCAUAUGCCUUCCGCCUACCCGUGAGCAUGAGGUCCCCAUUGUGAUUUGUGUGUGAAUUUGAAACUAAUAAUCGAGGUCUGGCAUAUUGGUUUAUCACGUUCAAUUUAUAAUCUAAAACCCAGUUGCAUGUUGACACUUGUUUGGUCAGCUUGAGUUGGUGACUUGGAAGAGAAGUACUACCUACCCUUCUAUGGCCAUAAAAAUUAUGUCAUUACGAGUAAAAUGAGAAGUUUAUAGUUAAAUUAUUUCUGAAUAUAAGUUGAAUUCGAGACAUAUGGGCCAUAGAGAGCUAUGUUUAUUGUGACGACUCUGCUCAUGCGUCCCCAUCAGCCAGACCCCGUCACUCCUUCGCAGCUUCCUGGAAGUUGCGACUUGUGAGUAGAAUUUUCCUCUUCAAUAUGCUGUGUGUACUUUCUGAAUCUACACACAAGAACAAAUAUAUACUCUAGGCAUUUCCCAUAGGCUUUUAGUUUUGUUCUUUCGUUUAUUUAGGGUUUUGGAUGUGGAAUUUCGAGAAUUUAAAUAUCUAUUUAUGCAAAUAAAGAUUUAUAUUAAGAAAUCUAUUAAAUAUAUAAAAAUUAUGUGUUUGAAGCCUAAUAUUUAAGUAUGCUCUUGGUCCUGCAGCAAAAAUUUGAACCUAGUUAAGCUUUGUUUCUCUCCUUGACUAGAGUACAAUUUCUCGGGGCACUUGUGAUUUUUUAUUUUUAUUUUUUUGAUUUGAAAUUGAUGGAAACGCAUUAACUUCAAUUAUUGGUUUUGAUUUAGCUAAAGGCUCUUUUUUUAGUAAGAAUAUGUACUGUUUUAAACAGGUUCGAUGAUAAGUAUCAGAAUUUUAUGCCCUCCACAAAAGAAUAUUUUUUAUUUACUUAUUAAAUAUCUAUGAAAAUAAAAAAGAUCUUCUCUUUUUAGACAAAAUACUUCUUUCAUACACCCUUCAAAAAUUUCCAGGAUCAAAGUUUCACCAUCACUCUGUAAGCAAAAUAUUUUCCAUUCAUUUUUCUUAAUAAAAUUAUGAAGUUGGCACGUACAGAGAUGUAUUAAAGUGUUGUACAUGGAACAAAUGAGGUUAUUUUUUCUUUGAUAAAAAGUUUUGGUUUUGAGCUCAGGAUACGAAAUUUUUUUUGAUACAGAUUCUGUUAAGCUCGCCGCGUAAUUGAAUUAGUCAAACUUUAAUACGGAUAUCUAAUAAUCU